AAACAAGGCAUUAUCAUCUAACGUAACAUAUUCGGUCGCCGGCCGCCGCCAAGCUCCAGUUAAGCGCUAAAUAAUGAUGAUAAAUAAACAAACAGAUAAAUAAUAUCACUUGCCCUUCACUGGCUUACAACGCAGACGGUGAACCACCACCUUAGACCUUCAGCAAACCUGAAGCCCGAUCCCGAACCAUAAUGGAGUCCAUUGGCGUACUCAUGCUUUGCCCGAUGUCCGCCUACCUCGAGCAGGAGCUGCAGAGCCGCUUCAAUCUCUUCAAGCUCUGGACCGUCCCACAGAAGCCACAGUUCCUCAAGGAACACGCAUCCUCCAUCCGCGCCGUCGUCGGCAACGCAGCUGCCGGAGCAGACGCCGAGCUCAUCAGCGCUCUGCCGAAGCUGGAGAUCGUCUCGAGCUACAGUGUCGGAGUGGACAAAAUCGAUCUGGACAAGUGCAGAGAGAAGGGGAUUAGGGUUACGUACACGCCGGACGUGCUGACCGAGGACGUGGCGGAUCUUGCGAUCGGGCUUAUACUGGCGGUGCUGAGGAGACUGUGUGCGAGCGAUCGUUACGUGAGGAGUGGGGCGUGGAAGAAAGGGGACUUCAGGUUGACUACUAAGUUCACCGGCAAAACAGUUGGUAUUAUCGGUUUGGGAAGAAUUGGUAUGGCAGUUGCUAAGAGAGCUGAAGCAUUUAACUGCCCAAUCUCUUACUACUCGAGAAGAGCAAAGCCAGACAUACAAUACACAUACUAUCCAAGUGUUGUUGAACUAGCCUCCAACUGUGAUAUUCUUGUUGUCGCAUGCCCUCUAAAUGAAGAAACCUGGCACAUCAUCAACCGUGGAGUCAUUGAUGCAUUGGGUCCGAAGGGUGUUCUCAUCAACAUUGGGAGGGGCCCUCAUGUCGACGAACCCGAGCUCGUAUCUGCAUUAGUUGAAGGCAGGCUAGGCGGGGCUGGUCUUGAUGUGUAUGAAAAGGAGCCUGAAAUACCUGAGGAACUGUUUGGGCUUGAAAACGUAGUCCUCCUGCCUCAUGUAGGAAGUGGCACGGUGGAAACCCGGACUGCCAUGGCUGACCUUGUGAUUGGAAACCUGGAGGCUCACUUUUUGAACAAACCCCUGUUAACCCCAUUGGUUCCUUGCCAAUAUCACGACCGCCAUUUCAAAUCCUUAAACGCCCACCGCCACUUUCUGAGUUCCCUCAAAACACCGACCAUAUUAAUUGAAACGGAAAAUCAAACCCUAGCCCUACUCCUACUCGUCCUCCUCCACAUUCACUUCAUGGACUCCAUAGGCGUCCUCAUGACCUGCCCAAUGUCCGAUUACCUCGAACAAGAACUCCGAAAGCGCUUCAACCUCUUCAAACUCUGGGCUCAUUCCUCGAAGUCUGAUUUAUUGGAAAAACACUCCAACUCCAUCCAAGCGCUUGUGGGAAACACCAAAAUCGGUGCCGACGCUGAACUCAUAGACUCAUUGCCCAAGUUGGAGAUAGUCUCGAGUUACAGUGUGGGGUUGGAUAAGAUUGAUCUGAGGAAAUGUGAGGAGAAAGGAAUCAGGGUUACCAAUACGCCCGACGUAUUGACCGAUGAUGUUGCCGAUUUGGCGAUUGGGUUGGUCCUGGCUGUUACGAGGAGGGUUUGUGAGUGUGACCGGUUUGUGAGGAGAGGGUUUUGGAAGAACGGCGAUUUCGGAUUGGCUACCAAGUUCAGUGGUAAAUCAGUAGGAAUUGUUGGGUUGGGAAGGAUUGGUACAGCAAUUGCAAAGAGAUCCGAAGCAUUUGGCUGCCCUAUCAGUUACCACUCGAGAUCUGAGAAACCAGAAAAAAAUUACAAGUACUACUCGAACAUUAUCGACUUGGCUGCCAAUUGUGAUAUUCUCAUUGUUGCUUGUGCUUUGACAGAAGAAACCCACCACAUCGUGAACCAUGAAGUUAUUGAUGCAUUGGGUCCAAAUGGCAUUCUCAUUAACAUUGGAAGAGGUCUACACAUCGAUGAAACUGAACUUGUGUCUGCACUCCUUGAAGGCCGGUUGGGUGGGGCUGGGCUCGAUGUGUUUGAAAAUGAGCCAGAAGUUCCUGAACGGCUUUUUGGGCUUGAAAACAUAGUUCUUCUGCCUCAUGUGGGGAGUGAUACUGUGGAAACCUGCGAGGCAAUGGCAGACCUUGUGAUAAAAAACUUAGAGGCACACUUUUUAAAGAAGCCACUGCUAACUCCAGUGAUUUGAUUUUGUUAAGAAGGUAUGUGGCAUGAGAUCUUGGAUGUCUAUCCACCAUUUAAUUAUUUAGAUUUACAUAAUUUCUAAGCAUUAAUGUUUUGGUGAGCAUCUUUCCAAUAAAAGGAAAUCUAUUCAUGUAAAAUUGAUUUUUUUAUGGAAUGGCAUUGGCCCUAGUCUUCAAUGGAAAACUAUGUGGCCCUAAA